CUCCAUUUUAACAUCCCGCCAUCCAUCCGUCAACUUUGCGACAACCAGCCUCCUCAGAACCAGCAACCUUCUACCUCGUCGGCGCAAAUACCCUCGAUUGCAGAGGACUUGGUAAUCAUCCUGAACCAAUUUCUUCUCGAAGUCCUUAAACUCCAUCCUUUUACUAUUAUUCAGGGGCUUGCGCAAUGGCGCUUCUUCAAUUCAGAGCGCCUGUCAACUAUGACGACCAUCAAGAGGCCUUGGAGGAUUUCCUCCAGUUGUUCAAGACUUCUCCAAAAUCCGAACUCGCCCACGCACUCGGUGAUAUGAAUAUCGACGAGGAUGAUUUCAGCGACGAGUACGACUUCAUGGAUGAUGAAGAUGACGAUGGUCAUAAUACUCGAAGACAAGCGCGGACGCAGGCUAAGACACCCAAACUGAAAUACAUGGAUGUCCUGCAAAAAGUGGCAGAUGGAUAUGAGGACGAGAUUACGAUUGAUCUGGAUGAUCUAGCAAAGUACGAUCAAUCGUUAGAAGAGAAUGGCACCCCCUUGAAUCUGGUCGCGUCCAUCGAGACAAAUGCUAAGCACUAUCUCGACAUUAUGGCUAAAGCUGUGGACAAGGUUAUGCCCGAUGCAACAAGAGAGAUCAACUAUAAAGACGAUGUACUGGAUGUGCUAAUGGCCCAACGUACUGCUCGCAACAAUGCACUCGUCAGAGCUGCCGCCGAUUCCACAGAAGCACCCGAGCCAGAACUCUUCCCAGCUGAAUUGACCCGCCGAUAUACCUUGAACUUUAAACCACGGACACAAGGCGAUGAGCCACUGAAGGCUUUGGCAGUACGCCAAGUGAAGGGCGAGCACCUGGGACAUUUGAUCACUGUUCGGGGAAUCACAACCAGAGUUUCGGAUGUCAAGCCAACAGUCGAGGUCAAUGCAUACACAUGUGAUCGUUGCGGUUGUGAAAUCUUCCAACCUGUAGGCACCAAGACUUUUGGACCUCUAAUCGAGUGUCCCUCACAAGAUUGCAAAACCAAUCAGACGAAAGGCCAACUCCAUCACUCUACCCGUGCCUCAAAAUUCCAACCUUUUCAAGAAGUUAAGAUUCAAGAGAUGGCCGAACAAGUUCCUGUUGGCCAUAUUCCUCGAAUGUUGACCAUUUUGUGUCACGGUGCUUUGGUGCGACGGAUCAACCCUGGAGAUGUUGUGGAUAUCGCCGGUAUCUUCUUACCUACCCCCUACACAGGUUUCAAGGCCAUCAGAGCUGGUCUUCUCACAGACACAUACCUCGAAGCGCAGCACGUCACCCAGCACAAGAAGGCCUAUGAGGAUUUGGCCAUCGACAACCGAGUUUUCAAGCGGAUCGAACAAUACCGAGCUUCGGGUCAUAUUUAUGAGUAUCUGGCGAAGUCAAUUGCUCCUGAAAUUUAUGGCCAUUUGGAUGUCAAAAAGGCUCUCCUGCUCUUGCUCGUAGGUGGUGUGACAAAAGAAGUUGGAGACGGCAUGAAGAUUCGAGGAGACAUCAAUAUCUGUUUGAUGGGUGACCCUGGUGUGGCCAAAUCUCAGUUGCUCAAGUACAUUACGAAAGUCGCUCCACGAGGUGUUUAUACAACUGGUCGAGGAUCCAGUGGUGUCGGUCUUACAGCUGCUGUUAUGAAGGAUCCUGUUACCGACGAAAUGAUACUGGAAGGUGGUGCUUUGGUUUUAGCAGACAACGGUAUCUGCUGUAUCGAUGAAUUUGACAAGAUGGACGAUAGUGAUCGCACAGCAAUCCACGAAGUUAUGGAACAGCAGACCAUUUCAAUCUCUAAAGCGGGAAUUUCGACUACACUCAAUGCACGAACUUCCAUUCUUGCAGCCGCCAAUCCUCUGUAUGGUCGAUACAAUCCUCGAAUCUCACCUGUGGAGAACAUCAAUCUUCCAGCAGCACUACUGUCCCGUUUCGAUGUAUUGUUCCUUAUCCUCGACACUCCUACCAGAGACACAGAUGCUAUGCUAGCUCGUCACGUAACCUACGUUCAUAUGAACAACAAGCACCCGGAUUCUGAAGGUGUUGUUUUCAGUCCUCACGAAGUCCGCCAGUAUGUCGCUCAAGCACGAACUUUUAGACCUACUGUUCCUACCGCAGUCAGCGAAUUCAUGGUUAAAGCUUAUGUCAAGAUGCGAGAUCAGCAAAGCCGAGACGAAAAGAACAAGAAACAAUUCACACACACGUCUCCUCGCACUCUUCUUGGUAUAGUACGUCUGGCACAAGCUCUCGCCCGUCUACGUUUCAGUGAAGAAGUCGUGCAGGACGAUGUUGACGAGGCACUGCGAUUGAUUGAGGCCAGCAAGGAGUCCUUGUACCAGGACCAGGGCGGAUUUGGCAGAGAUAUGAGCCCUAGCUCUAGAAUUUACAACUUGGUCCGCACUCUUGCCGAGAGCGGCCAAUGCAAGCCUGAAGACGCGGACGACGAAGAUGACGAGGGCAUGGAAUUGAGCAUGAAAAAGGUAGAGGAAAGAGUCAUUGCUAAAGGCUUCACAAGAGAUCAGUGGCAGACUGCCGUCUUGGAGUAUACCAACUUGGAUAUUUGGCAAACUGCUGGCAACGGCACUCGUCUGAUAUUCAUUAUUUCAGACGCAGCACAGAUGGCGCGUGAUGCAGAAUAUGACAUGGACUAGAGUGUUUCUAGGGGCAGAAGGGGAAUGUUAGGGAUUGUGGGAGGGAGACUCGGUUAUGAUGUUAUUUUGGCUGCAAGAAUAUGUCAUUUGAGGCGUUCAGAGGGUCGUUUGUCCAUUUGAUGUUCAAAAUCAGUAUCAGAUGGCGUUCUGAGCUUGUGGAUACCGACAUGUCAAAGUAGGAGAGAUUGAUUGAAUGCUACUACUAUUUUCACU